CUUUCGAAGAAAUAAACAAAAAUUGUUAGAAUCUCAUUCUUCCACCAGAGACCUAGUUGAGGUUCAGCUCUGAAUCCGCCGCCGUUGUUGUUACUGGUCACCACUCUCUCCAUCGCCGAAUCCAUUAGCAGCUGCGGUGAGAAAAAUGUCGCACUUUGGAAGAUCCGGUCCUCCCGAUAUCAGAGAUACCUACUCUCUCCUCGUCCUCAACAUCACUUUCCGUACUACAGCCGAUGAUCUCUACCCCCUUUUCGAUAAGUAUGGAAAGGUCGUCGAUGUCUUCAUCCCCCGAGACCGCAGGACUGGGGAUUCGCGAGGAUUUGCGUUUGUUCGAUAUAAGUAUGCGGAUGAAGCACAGAAGGCAAUUGAUAAGCUUGAUGGACGAAUGUUGGAUGGCAGAGAAAUUAUGGUUCAAUUUGCUAAGUAUGGUCCUAAUGCUGAGAAAAUUCGUAAAGGGAGAGUAAUGGAGUCAUCUUCGAAGACAAGGGGAAGGUCAAGAAGCCGCAGUCCACGUUCAAGGCACCGUGAUGACUAUAGGGAUAGGGAUUACAGGAGAAGAAGCCGCAGUAGAAGCCGUGAGAGAUAUGAUCGUGAUAGGCCCCACAGAAGUGAGAGAGAGCGCUAUCGCAGUAGGAGUCGUAGUGCUAGUCCUGACCGUAGUAAAGAUCGCCGGAGGGGAAGAGAUGAUGAUGAACGGCGUAGUGCUAGCCACUCUGAUAGAAGCAUGUCGCCCACCCGACAUUCCCCCGAUACUCAGAGAAGCAUAUCUCCACGUAGGACACCACCAUCUAGGGGUAGAAGCGACAAUGAACGCUCACCAAAGGGAGAUAAUGGCUCACCAGAUGAUAAACCAGUUGAUUCGCGUAGUCCAUCUCCGGCUAGAUCCGAUGCUGAUGAGUGAUCAUAUACAUGCCAUUGGAGAUAGUUUAUGGAGCUAAGACAUUGGAUCUUAGAAAUUGUCUUGAGGAUAUUUAUAAUGGAAACAAGCAUGGCAUCCCAUGGAGGGAUAUUUUGCACAAUUGUAUCUGCCUUUUUGUACAAGGACUGAUUGGAUAUCAAGAUAGACAUGUAGGAUUCUUCUCCUAAUUAGUUUAUGAGUUUUCUUUUUCUUUUUCUUUUUCUUUUUUAGAAUUCAAAGUAGUAUCUUUGUACUAUUUUACUUGCAAAAUAUGAGUCUUCUGAGUUUGAUUUUUACGUCCUUAGAUGUAUAAUGAUUAUGAAUUGAUUUUGCACUGUAUCGUCUUUUUGGAUCCCUAUUCUAUUCAUCCCAUAUUUUGUA